GUAUCUGCCACCUUUGCAGCAAGUUUGGUAACAAGUCCUGCCAUUGGAGCAUACCUGUCUGCCAGCUAUGGAGAUAACCUUGUCGUAUUAGUGGCCACGUUAGUGGCUGUUGUCGACAUCUGUUUCAUCCUGCUAGCUGUACCAGAAUCUCUGCCAGGAAAAAUGAGACCAGCUUCCUGGGGAGCUUCUAUAUCAUGGGAGCAAGCAGACCCUUUUGCAUCUCUGAAGAAGCUUAGAAAAGAUGCUACGGUUCUCCCAAUCUGCAUUACAGUGUUUCUCUCCUAUCUGCCUGAGGCUGGCCAGUAUUCUAGCUUUUUUCUGUACUUGCGACAGGUUAUAGGUUUCGGAUCUGCUAGCAUUGCGGCCUUUAUAGCUGUGGUAGGUGUUCUGUCUAUAAUAGCUCAGACUGUGUUUCUUAGUAUCCUGAUGAGGUCUAUAGGGAAUAAAAAUACAGUUCUCCUUGGCCUUGGCUUUCAAAUCCUUCAGUUGGCUUGGUAUGGUUUUGGAUCUCAGUCUUGGAUGAUGUGGGCAGCAGGAGCUGUAGCAGCAAUGUCAAGCAUUACGUUCCCAGCAAUCAGCGCUUUGAUUUCACGAAAUGCAGAGUCAGAUCAACAAGGUGUUGUCCAAGGAAUAAUAACUGGAAUAAGAGGUCUAUGCAAUGGCCUGGGACCAGCACUGUAUGGCUUUAUUUUCUUUCUCUUUCAUGUGGAGCUCAGUGAAUUACCAUCUGAUCAGGCUUCUGGGAAAAAAGCUAUGCAAGAUCCCAGUGAUGAGAGAGCGAUCAUUCCUGGUCCACCCUUCCUGGUUGGAGCAUGCAUUGUUCUCCUGGCUUUUUUAGUUGCCUUAUUUAUUCCUGAGCACAGCAAAGCCAGCAGCACCAGAAAACACAGCAACAGCAUCAGCAGUACUCUCAGUAACAACCUAGACCAAAAUAGUGAAGAGGACAUUGAACCAUUGCUUCAGGAUAGCAGUGUAUGA